UUUAUAUUUUAUUUGGUGUCGAUUUGGAGUUUCGUAUUUUAACAAGAUUAUAUUUUUUUAAAUUAAAUUAGAAGUAGCUUUAAUCGAAUUAGGAUAAUAAUUAAUACAAAAACAAUGGUAGAAGGUUAACUUCUAGGGCUAUGUAAUGAAGCAGUACGGGUAUGUCUUUGUUAAAAUUGAAGACCAAGGAGGCUAAAAAAUUGCCCGAUAAUUGCCACGAUUCUGAUGAUAAUGUUAUCAGUCACACGAAUACAAGCAAUUCAAAUUAUACCAACGGAAACGACAAAUCCGAAAACAGCGAGGAACCCGACGAAUUUCCCACUCUAACUUUAAGAAUGCUAAAUUUUUGCAGGGAAUUCACGAUAUUUUGUCUAGUGAUGAUGGUAUACGCUGCAUUUAGCAAAGAUCCUCCGAAGAUAUCCAAAUCGCCAGCAGCCUAUCGUUUCUUCGCUGAGAACUCAAUCGUGACCGAUUGGUAUCGAGGGCACAUAAGCAAAGCCAUCGAAAGCGCCAGAAACAGCGACGUCGCUUUCGUUAUGUUCUAUGCACCAUGGGACGCGGACAGUCAGAACGCUCGGCACGAAUUCGAAGUAGCGGCGGAAUUCCUGCAGGAUCGCGUUAAAUUCGUCGCUGUGAAUUGCUGGCAACCUCAAGGCGAAUGCAGGACUCAAUACAACAAAGUCUACAAAUGGCCUGUACUAAUUGCUUACCUUCCACACGGAAGAGGGAUUCAAUACAACGGUCCUUUGCGUGCGCCUCAUAUGAUCGAGUUCUUGAAUAAAGUGUGCCAACCGAUAAGGCAUCUGGGGAAAGAAAGCGUUAGGGAUUUUCAGGAUGCUUACGUAAAGGUGGAAUUGAAUGCGUCGCCGGGGAGUAGAGAUUUCGCAGUGUUGUAUACAGCAGCGCUUAAAUAUUUGGAAAAGGAUCCUCAGUAUCGAAUUGCAUUUUACGUUUCACCAGCUAAAGUUUCGAAACCAUCUAUGCGGUUAUUUCUGUGGAACGAAACAUUAGUAUUUCCAAUCGGUGAUAAACCGUGGUUGCCGGAUGAGAUAUUACAAUGGAUUAUUAAGCAUACUCAUCAAGUAACUUCAUGGGUAUUACCGAGCGGGACUAAAAGUAUGGUAUUAUCUAAUACCAUCCAAAACGGAGCGUCACUUAUACUUUUUACGCCGAGGAAUCCUUUGCACAUUAAUAUCGACUAUUAUAAUUUAUUGCAAGAAAUAGCCCAGGAAUAUUUCCUUUGCGAAGAUGAUACGAUCACAAACAUGCUCACAGUUCAUUUGAAAUUGAGAAGAGCUGCGAAUACUUUAAUCCACAAGCAGCUACAAACAAUGUGCAAUAUUAAUUCGAAAAUAUCUACUCAAAAAGUACUCUCUAACUUGAAAACUGUGUGGACGAAUGCAUCGUAUUGUUCACAAGCAAAGUGCAAAGAUUGCGAUACACUAACGGAGAACACUGUAAGAAAAAUGUGUGCUAACAUGAAGACUGAACAAUGCUUAGAAUUAUAUCCUAGAGUAAAUAAAGACUCCGGCUGUAAGAGUAAAAGUAAAUUUUUAGAUGACGUAGAAUAUUUAAAAAGUUCCUCAGAACCAGAAUUUGGUGAUUACAGAUCGUCAGACAAUCUAAAAUCGACCUAUUUAAAGGAUAAAUGCAAGCUGUUUUUGGCUGCGCAAAAGGUGCACCCCGCCUUGUUCGCGAAAUCCAUCUCGCCCCAAAGAAACAUCAGCCUGGCCGGCCUGUCUUGCAAAACCAACAAGACCUUGGUGUUUCUAGCAAUGGACAGUCUACUGCAUUACAAAUUCGCCGAAAAGCUUGGCAUCGACUUGAGCAAGCAGCCCGAUCGAAGCGCCGCAGUGAUAUUAAACGAUAAGUUGGAGUCUCAUUUCGUCCUACAACAAUCAAUUAAUAGGGAAUCUUUAAAAGAGUUUAUACUAAAUUACACGGAGAGUCAGUUGAAUAGGUCGUUUGAUUCGAUGAGUACUUUAUCAGCGCCACCCGAGCAAGCUGAGAACAAAUCGAAAGUGUUUGUGAAAGAAUUAAAUACCGAUACAUUCCUGUCCACUGUGUUACGAAACGAUAAGUCUGUCAUAGUUUUUUACUAUUCCAAGCAGUGUUCAUUCUGUAACGGUGUAUCGUAUGUUUAUCUUACUGUAGCCAAGAAAAUGUCCUUAGUGAAAAACCUGGUUUUCACUCGUAUUAAUGGAGAAAUUAAUGUUUUACCAUGGGAGUAUACGAUGGGAAGUUAUCCUACAAUAUUAUUUUUCCCUACAAGAAGGAAAUCUGAGAGUAGAGUAUUUCCAUCCGGAAUUCCCAUAUCGGUGUCCAAUUUAAUAAACUUUCUUCUGGCAAACCUUGAACCAAAUUUAAAACUUCAAGCCAUUUGGUCUGUAUGCAUUCAAACAAAGUUGGCGCAUCGGCAAGCUCAUUGUUACUCGAGACUUUUGGGCGAAACUCUCAAUUUAAUUGAAACCACCUUAAGGGAAUGGAGGAAAUCCGAGAAACUCGAAAGGCAAAUCAUCCUACGUAGGCUCAAAUCGUUAAGACAACUGCACUUGUUAUUUGCACACACGCCAAAAAACCACAGUGAUGUCCUCAAUUCUCUUAAUAGAUUUAAUUCGAACUUGCAAUACACCGGUAAUUAUUUAGUGAGCCAGAAUAACGGAAUGCACGACGAGUUAUAGCAUAAACUGAAUACAACAGUUGCUGAAGAGAUGAAGAAUGAGACAAGUGUUGUUUUUAUUAAGAUACUAUCAUAUUUUUAAUGGUCGUACUAAAUUUUCAAUUCCUAUUUAGAAUAUUUUUUAUUUAUAAAUUUAUUAACUUAGUUCGUAUUGCGUAAAAUAUUUGAACGAAUGUUCGUAACCUUAAUGUAGUUAGAAAUUUAUUUUUACUCGUCUCAUUCUGCCUUUCUAAAGGCG